AUGAUCAGUUUGAGCAGCGGACCGUUGACUUGCUACAUUGUCGGUGAUGUCGUCUCGAUGACUCCCUCGCGUAAUGCAACAGUCGACGUUGUGAGACAAUCCUUCUUCGACAAUGUACAAAUUCACCGUCAUUUGUGGAUAGAACUGGGGACCUCGAAUAGUCAGAUAGCAGGCCUAUUGACUAUAUUUCCCAACAGCGAAUCCCACAGUCAGCCGGGACUACAUGCACACACACUUCACAUGUCAGCCUCACUCAGCGCCAGUCCCGAUUGGCACUCGAACAAUUCCCGGGCCUAUUAUGUGCAAUAA